CUCAAUUAUUCAUUAAUUUUUACUAUAACUGUACUGAUAAGUUUUUAUUAAUCGCACUGGCGAACAUCGGAUCACUACAAGAAGUAGGGGUUACGUGUGCGUAGUUAUAUAUGUACUUGCCUUUUUUUCUUUUCAAAACCACAUCAUUGCGAUAUUAUCCGAUUUCUCUGUCAUAUUUCUCUUACAUGCAUCUCAGCUUGAGCUUGUAUUAGCGUGCAACAUACCUUACCCAUAGACGUCAUCCAAUACCACUUCCGAUCGCGCACUUCUCAUAUAACCAACAUGAGCGACUCUUCGAGCGCCGUCUGUGUCUCCGACGGUGAUGACAUUCAGAACCCCUCUUUGGCUGCCUUUAUCACUGCCUUAGUAUUCAACACAGUUUUGUCGGCAAUAUUCUUGUGCUGGUUCUAUUUCUGGAGGCCGAGAUCCCCAAAAGUAUACGUUCCGCGACAACUGAGCAUCGUCACAAAGGAUGUACCGAAAUUACCAUAUACGCACUUCUCAUGGCUGCCGAUGUUCUGGAAAUUUGGCGAUGAUGAUAUUCUAUCUGCCGCUGGCUUGGAUGCCAUGAUGAUUUACCGCGUGGUGAAAAUGUUCGCCGUGAUCUUCCUCUGCUUCUUCCCAUACGGUGUUAUUGUAUUGAUCCCUCUCAAUGUGUCGGGUGGCAAGGGUCUAAUUGAACUGGAUGCACUCACUCUGGGUAACAUCGAUGAUGGUAGCGCAAAGAUGAUUGCGCACGCCAUCUCGGUCCUUCUCUUCACCGUCAUCGUCAUGAUACUAAUGCAUCGCGAAUACAAAUACUACGUGCUUCGCAGACAGAGAGCGUUCCUGCUGAAGGACGACCACUGUCACUCUGCACUGGUUAAGGAUAUUCCUAAGGAGGAUCUGUCGGAAGGGUCCAUCGCUAACUUCUUCAACAGCAUGUUCCCCGAUAAGGUCAAGCAUGUCGUCGUGCACAAGAAUCCGGAAGAGUGUGAGGAUCUAUUUCAAAAACGAGAAGUGGCAAUGCGAAAGUUGGAGCGUGCGCUUUGGACUAAGGACACCACUGGAGAAGAGCCCCAACACCGCUUGGGUUUCUUGGGUUUGUUUGGUGAGGAAGUGAAGUCCGUGCCUUACUGGACUAAAGAAUUGAAUAGACUCAACGAAGAGCUGGCUGUAGAGCAGAAGAAGGAAAAGACCGCCAAUGGUGCUGCGUUUGUAACGUUCACGGAUAUGGAGAGUCCUUCUAUAGCCACUCAGGUACUCGUCCGAGACAGUGAGAAGGUCUACCAGGUUAGACCGGCCCCGCAAGCAAACAACGUGUACUGGCCUAACAUGGGCCAACUGGAGCGCUACAAGCCGUAUCGCUCGCUGAUCAUAUACCUGAUCACUUGGAUGAUUGUUAUGCUGUACAUGAUCCCUAUCGCGUUCAUCCAAUCGCUGACGAAUCUGUGUGCGUUGGAGGAGCAGUUCUCGUGGAUCACACCCAUCAUCGACGCCAUCCCAUUAGUCAGAGGUAUCCUCGAGGGUGUCAUGCCCACGCUGAUUUUGACCAUCUUCUUGGCCAUUCUUCCACUCAUUUGCAGAGGACUGACCAUCCUGGAAGGCAAAGACAAGCACAGUGACCUGGAGAAGGGCACCUUCGAGAAGCUGUUCUAUUUCUACGUCAUCAACGUGUUCAUUGGUUCCACUGUGGCUGGCGGUGCGUUGGCCACGGGUCAGGAGAUUGUGGAUGAUUUCAAUGAGGGCACGGGCGGGUUUAACUCUGUGGUUGAUCCUCUGACUGAGUCCUUGCCGGGAGUUGCGAAUUUCUUCAUCAAUUUCAUCAUGCUGAAGACGGCGGGUAGUUUCCCAGGUGUGCUUGCGGAUAUUGCAGGGGGUGCAAUCUACUGGAUUAAGAUGAAAUGGCUGGCCAAGACUCCCAGGGAGAGGGCCGAGGUCUGGUUCCCCAAGGCCAAGAUCAAAUAUGCCAAAUCUUACGGUGAUAUCAUGCUGGUGUUUAUCAUCGGAGUAACCUACGCGUCUAUGGCAUCGCUGAUCAUCCCGUUCUGCAUAUUGUACUACGUGUGCGCUAUGUUCACCUUCAAGUACGAGGUCAUGUACGUCUCUCAGCCCGUGCCAGACUAUGAGGGUUAUGGAGAGUUCUUCCCAAUGGUUUUCAAUAGAACGAUGGCCAGUCUUAUUCUGUACCAGGUGGUGAUGUUUGGAUAUCUGGGCGCGAAGGGAUCUGGGUGGGCGUUCGUCUGCCUGCCUACGAUCAUUGCGACUAUCCUCUACUGGAGGUUCACCAAUAAAUGGUACAGCCGACCCGCCAAGUAUCUGCCCCUCAACACUGCGCUAGUGGUUGACGAGGAGACGCAGGACGGAGAUGCCGCACCUGAGCUGCGCAAGGACACCUACGUGCAGGAGUGUCUCAGAUCUGCGCCCACCCGCCCAUUCGGUGCUGACAACCCUUUUGCGAAGAACUUUAAUACGUGUCAUCAAAUAGAGAAAGAGUCUCAGGCGAACGAUUUCAGCAAUAUGUGGGGUGAUCAGACUCGCACAAAGGAUGUGGACAACAUCGAUACGGAACAGGAGCUUGUCGUCGGCAGUCACUCCGGUAAAGUGCUGCCGCAGAGGGACUCUCCCGAAAACCUGAAGAAGGCAAGCGUGUAGAAAGUACACGUUUGAAAUGGAAAUACUUAUGUGCAAUAGUAUAUGCGCGUAUCUGUGUGUAUGAAAGGCUGUGUUUGUAACAUGAAAGAUGAAAUAAAAGUAUAU